AUUCCCAAAUAUUGUAUCGAUGGUAUAAAUAACACUCCUCAUUCUGAAGCACAAAUGGGAAUAGCAACGAUCCGCAGCAGGCCCACUAAUAUUCAUUGCUUCCCAACUUUAAUUUUCACUUCUACUUUUGUGAUUCCGCACAAAAUUCCAAAACUCCUCAAGAAUCCCUACUCUAUUUCAUGCAAUUCCGAUAAUUUUCUCAGAAAUAACAAUAAGAGUACUACAAUAAGGAGAAUCUUAGCAGAGUCUAAGAUGGGAGAGAGUGCAGGGACAUCUGCGACUGCGAGUCCCAUGGUAUUUGAACCGAUUCUGGAAGAAGGUGUUUUCAGGUUUGAUUCUUCUGCUGAUGCUAGAAACGAAGCAUUUCCCAGUCUUUCUUUUGUUAAUCAGAAAGACAGGGACACACCCAUUAUGAGUAAUCACAAAAUCCCAUCCUACAUCCCAACUUCUGAAUAUGUUUCAGGUCAACAAGUUGUCUCUUUUGAGCUUCCUGCAGGAACCUCAUUUUAUGGAACAGGUGAAGUUAGUGGACAGCUUGAAAGAACAGGAAAAAGGGUUUUUACUUGGAAUACUGAUGCAUGGGGGUAUGGGAGUGGAACUACAUCCUUAUAUCAAUCACAUCCAUGGGUUCUAGCCAUUCUUCCUAAUGGAGAAGCAUUAGGAUUUCUUGCUGAUACAACAAAACGCUGUGAGAUUGAUCUGCGUAAAGAAUCAACAGCAAAGCUUAUUGCCCCAUCGCCUUUUCCUGUGGUGACAUUUGGUCCAUUUGCUUCAGUAAACAAUGUUUUGACAUCAUUAUCACAUGCAAUUGGUAAUUUCCUGAAAACCAUAAUGAAGUUUUACAUCUCUUCCAAAUACUUUUAUUUUGAAGAUCCUCUAUUUCUAUUAAUAGGAACUGUUUUCAUGCCACCAAAGUGGUCAUUGGGAUAUCAACAAUGCCGAUGGAGCUAUGACUCUGAUUUGAGGGUUCGUGAGAUUGCCAAGACAUUUCGGGAUAAAGGUAUACCUUGUGAUGUCAUAUGGAUGGACAUUGACUACAUGGAUGGAUUUCGUUGUUUCACCUUUGACCAAGAGACUUUUCCUAAUCCAAAAUCUCUAGUGGAUGAGCUUCAUCAUAUGGGUUUCAAGGCUAUCUGGAUGCUUGACCCUGGGAUAAAGCAUGAAAAGGGUUACUCUGUAUAUGAAAGUGGAUCAGAAAAAGACAUAUGGGUUCAGACAAAAGAUGGAAACCCCUUUGUUGGAGAGGUAUGGCCUGGAGCUUGUGUUUUCCCUGAUUUUACUCAAGAAAAAGCUCGUUCUUGGUGGGCUAAUUUAGUCAAAGAUUUUAUAUCUAAUGGUGUGGAUGGCAUAUGGAAUGACAUGAAUGAACCAGCUGUUUUCAAGUCUAUUACAAAAACAAUGCCUGAAAGUAACAUUCAUAGGGGGGAUGAUGAACUUGGUGGUCAUCAAAAUCACUUGCACUAUCACAAUGUUUAUGGAAUGCUAAUGGCAAGAUCAACAUAUGAAGGCAUGAAAUUAGCCAAUCCAAAUAAACGCCCAUUUGUUCUUACACGAGCUGGCUUUAUAGGUAGUCAGAGGUAUGCUGCCACGUGGACAGGAGACAAUCUAUCUACAUGGGAACAUUUACAUAUGAGCAUCUCUAUGGUACUACAACUGGGGCUUAGUGGUCAACCGCUUUCAGGACCUGAUAUUGGUGGAUUUGCAGGGAAUGCAACACCCAAAUUAUUUGGAAGGUGGUUUGGUAUUGGUGCCAUGUUUCCAUUUUGUCGAGGACAUUCUGAGAAGGGAACUGUUGACCAUGAGCCUUGGUCAUUUGGGGAAGAGUGUGAGGAAGUUUGUAGGUUGGCAUUAAAGAGGAGGUAUCGCCUUAUACCACACAUAUAUACACUUUUCUACUUGGCACAUACAAGAGGUUCUCCAGUGGUAUCUCCUACUUUUUUUGCUGAUUUGAAGGAUUCCCAAUUAAGAAGAAAUGAAAAUUCGUUUCUUUUGGGCCCACUUCUUGUAUAUUGCAGCACUAUGAGUGAUCGUGGGGUGCAUCAAAUACAUCAUGCAUUGCCUAAUGGAACUUGGAUGAGUUUUGAUUUUCAAGAUUCACAUCCAGAUUUACCAGCACUAUAUCUACAAGGUGGAUCGAUCAUCCCAUAUGGUCCAGCUCAUCAACAUGUGAGUGAAGCUAAUGCAAAGGAUGAUCUGUCAUUGUUUAUUGCAUUAGAUGAAAAUGGUAAAGCUGAAGGUGUUCUCUUUGAAGAUGAUGGUGAUGGAUAUGAAUAUACAAACAAGGGUUAUCUUUUCACAACAUAUGUUGCUGAGCUCAAAUCUUCAGUUGUCACACUCAGUGUCUCCAAAACUGAAGGAUUGUGGAAAAGACCAAAUCGCCACUUACAUGUCCACCUAUUGCUCGGUGAAGGAGCUAUGGUUGAUGCAUGGGGUACUGAUGGAGAAGAUCUGAAAAUCACUCUGCCUACAGAAAAUGAAAUAUCAAAUUUAAUUUCUGCUAGCAAGAACAAUUACAAGACACUUAUGGAAAGUGCAAAACGUAUACCAGAUGUGGAGCAGGCAUCUGGACAUAAAGGGGUUGAGCUUUCAGGAACUCCUGUUGAAGUUAAAGGUGGUGAAUGGGCUCUCAAAGUUGUCCCUUGGAUUGGGGGUCGUAUCAUAUCUAUGGAACACCUUCCUACAGGAACUCAAUGGCUUCAUAGUCGGGUAGAAAUCAAUGGGUAUGAAGAAUAUAGUGGUACUGAAUAUCGUUCUGCUGGAUGCACCGAAGAGUAUACUGUCAUUAAUCGGGAUCUUGAGCAAGCAGGAGAGAUAGAAUCUUUAAAAAUGGAAGGUGAUGUUGGAGGUGGAUUAGCUAUUGAAAGAAAUAUAUCUCUCUCAGAAGAUAAUCCUAAACUUUUCAAGAUUGACUCGAGUCUUUUAGCACGCAAUGUAGGUGCUGGUUCUGGAGGGUAUUCAAGGCUUGUUUGUUUAAGAAUCCACCCAACAUUUAGUCUUUUUCACCCAACUGAGACAUAUGUCUCAUUCACCUCCAUUGAUGGAUCCAAACAUGAAGUAUGGCCGGAAUCCGGGGAGCAGCUCUAUGAGGGGCAUCUUCGUCCAAAUGGUGAAUGGAUGUUGGCUGACAAGUGCCUUGGGUUGGGUUUAGUCAACAGAUUCAAUGUUGACCAGGUAUACAAGUGUCUUCUCCAUUGGGAUUUUGGGACUGUGAAUCUUGAGCUUUGGUCAGAAGACAGGCCAGUUUCAAAGCAGUCGCCUCUUUGUAUUUCUCACAGUUAUGAAAUUAAGAGGAUUGUAUAGUGUAGUGCUACUACUGCUUUUAUUGUUACAUUUCAAUAAUAACUGAUAUUAAAUAAAUGACAUAUCAGGCUUUAACUUUUUUAUCAAUGUAAAUAGAAAUCAACACUGUUGAGGCAAUGUAUGCUGGUGAUUGAUCAA